AGUGCCGAAGCAAAAACUAUGACAGCCCUCUUAAACAAUCUUAUUAAAGAUUACGACAAAAGACUAAGACCAAACUUUGGAGGUAAGCGUCGAUUUCUAUUUCUUUGACAUAUAUUUACUGCUAGCCCACUAUAUUACAUGCAAAGUCAUAUACCCACUACGGUACAAAGAACUGCCGAGGGGUGGGGGGUUGGGAACCAGUAUCACGUCAUUUGUAUUGUGUUGUAUUGUUAUGCGCAUUUGAUCAUGUACUAGUAUGUUAAUUUGCGCAAUAGCAAAUAUUAAAUUAUUAUAAGCUGUACCACAGGAGCUGAAAAGAUUUCCAUAAGGCGAAAAGCCCAAUGCGAAUGAGAUCAUGCAUGUUUGAAAUAAUUCUUCAGUGUUCUGUGAUAGUGCGCCUCCCUAAGAGUUGCGCCUUAACGUGGUGGCGAGGUUUGUGUGCCAUGAUGAUCCUGAAAGCUAUACCAGUUGGGACCUUAGUCCCUGGUGGUUUUAACUGUGCUGAGCAGUUUUGGGCGAGAAUACAGACAAAUCGCAGCACCUCGUCUUCCAGAUUGGGGGUGGGUGAAGGGUUAAUGUCUCAUCCCCGUAAACAAGUGUCAUUAUUCAUAUUAUUGAAAACACGCGCAUUUUUCAAGAUGGCAGGAGAAGGAUAUAGAGCCUUAUUCAUAAUAGAGCGCGAAAAGGCGAGGGUAGGUAUGUAGACAGUGCAGGUCGGGACCUGUCAUUCAUUCCUUCUGUCUUCUUUUUCUAGGUCCGCCAGUUAUGGUUACUGUAGGAUUAUGGGUCUUGUCCAUUGACUCAAUCAACGUUGUUGACAUGGUAAGCUGAAGUUGGGAUUAAACUUAUUCUCUAUUCAGUGAAAAAUUAGAGUAGAGUAAGUUUCGGAAAGUGAGAACUUUUCAUAAAUAGACUGAAGACUGGGACCACAAAAAUAGCUACUCGAAGCGUGAACUAUACAUGUCAUCCUUUUAAGUAUAACGCCCUCAGGACCGAUCCAGCCAUAAUAUAUAUAUAGCUACAUUUAAACGGACGCAACAACUCCCAAUAUUGUUGGGACCUGCCAUGCAUCUUGGGAAGGAUACAAUCCUUAGGACUUUGUAAACCAUGUGUGAUAUUAUAUAUGACUGUUUAUGAAAGAAACUCAUUACAGCAAUACAUUGUACGUAUAAGGCUGAAUCACAGAGCUACUUACACAGUCGUAUAAUAAUAUGUACAAAUAUAGGUAAUAAAUCGCAAAGCUACUUAAAAAUUUACUAACUAACAACAACUAAUACUUAAAAGCAAUAAACAAAUCUGGUGCUCCUGACCUCAGAUGAUAAUUAUUGUGAACUUCCUCCAGUUUAGGGAGAAUAGAGCAGUGUAACGGGUGGUUUUCGUUGUGUAAUCUAGCAGUGUAGACCUGACAUAGGUGGACUCGUCUCUCUUUUAAGGUCGUGAGAGAAAGUGCAGAUAAACCCUCAUUGUAAUCGUGCUUAGGAAAUAUGAAACGCAUAGCCCUUUUGUGAAUGCUCUCGAUCGUAGAAGCCAGAACUUCAGGUAUGUUUUGCCAUACGGAGACAGCGUAUUGUAAAGCUGGGCGAACAAUAGCUACAAAUACCUUAGCUAGAGAAACUGGUGGAGCUCCACACUGCUUGAGAACUCUGAGUCUGACUGGUUUUAAACUUUGCGCAACAACUCCCAGCGAAACUGCAAUAACAUGCAGCAACAUGCAAUAGGGUGUGCAAACGGACGCAACAGGUAACAUCCGACAACGUUGGGAGUUGAUGGCCACCAAUGUUGCGUCCGUUUGCACGAGGCUUGUUAUUUUGACUCCACUACACAACAUCAACAGACAAAACGUAAUGGCAAAUAAGUUUAUUUUGGGACGGCUUGGCGAGAACCAACCCUACAAAGUACGUAGAUAAAGAAAAAAACAAAGAGAGGGUGGUUCGUAAGCCUAGAUGACGUACACGUGAUAUACGCAGCCUUAUAUACCCCCGAUAUGGCUGCCCAUGGUGCACCCGGCCUAGUAGCCAGGCCCUGUUGUAUCUCGUGCCGUCAAAAUAUUUAUUUCUGUCUUCUUCGAAGGCUCAUUCGUCAGAAAUAACAUCUCUAUUAUACUUUCUUUCUUUCUUUCUCUUUUUGUUAGGACUACAAAUUAGAUUUCUUUCUUAGACAACUUUGGAAUGAUCCUCGCUUAAAGCAUAACCGGAAUGAAACCCUAGCUGUUAGUAACUCCAUGUUGGACAAGAUUUGGUUGCCAGACACGUAUUUUGAGAAUUCCAAAAGUUCACAGUUCCAUAAAGUAACGAUGAUAAACAAGCUGUUGUCGAUAUCUCCUGAUGGUGGGGUUCAUUACAACGCAAGGUACCCAAGCCAAUAAUAAGAGGCCAAAAGCUUAAUCUUUAUUAUAUUGGUCUAAUGAUUGGAGUUUGAAAGUGUUGCUUAUUGAGAAGAGGGGAAAACCGGAUUACUCAGAGCUAAAGCUCUUGGUGCGAGGGAGAGAACCAACACCAAACACAACCCACAUAUGACGUCGAGACCAGGACUCGAACCCAGGCCGCUUGUGGUAAACGAAUAUUCUCACCACUGCCGGCGCCAUAGUCGCUCCUCGAAACAUUUUGUGGGGCUGUUCCCUACAGAAUCAAAGCUACUGCGUCGCUUGGCACCGAAAUGCAGAGCUUAAAGUUAUCAAAUGGGUUAAUAUGGCAAAUUAAAGAAAUUCAGAAGCUUUUAGGCGCUGCCUUUAAUCAGAAACUCUAACCACACUGUCAGCGUUACUCUACUGUCAAAUUCCCUAAUCGAUAUCACGAAAAAUAGCCCAUUAAAUUUGAUCUUCAUCGCUGAGAAUACUCAUUGCGCGAAACACAAGUUACACUUUAAAUCUGAUCAUUUAAAAUUAAGAAAUGGUAAACGUGCAGCGUGCAACCAUGGAGUUAUGGAUGUACGCGGGAGGUUGCUAAGCACGAAAGAAGCGUAAGAGUCGCACGAGGCGAUAGCCGAGUGCGACUCUAGCUUCUUGAGUGCUUAGCAAACCUCCCAAGUGCAUCCAUAACUCCAUGGUUGCACAGCUGCAACGUUUACCAUUUCUUUUAUAACAUAAUCAAAAGAGAAAAACAUUAUUUUCCAUUUGCCUUCGGUUGAGUCAUCGGUCCGAGUUCAUGUAUGGUGACAUCUGCCCGCGCGUAAACAAAUCAUGUUCUAUGUUUUUCAAAAACUUGCCUUUGAGUUUUUCUUUCGCUGAAUCAACCGUUCUCCGUCCUCAGGUAAAUUGCAAAACGUUUUUCGUUGUUAUUCUGAAUGGCAUCUGUCUACUUGCUCUUAAUAUUAGGGUAAAAACUUUGAGGGAAAACUAUAGCUGCAACUAUAAACACCAACUAAAAGGACUCUAAAAAAUAAGCUAAAACUAAAUAAAUGAAAUAAUUAUCAAGCUUAUUUAUGUGACAAUUUUUGAAAUAAACGCAAAGUAGAAAUGAGAAAAUUUGACUGUAAUUCCUUUAGAAUAACAGGUAACACUAAUUUUAAAAAGAAAUUAACUAGCUUUGUAUCGAAAUCUGUCUGGGGAAAUCCAGCUAUGAAAGUGAAAGUUGAAACUGAAAUUCGCCGACACACAGCCGGCGCUGAAGCUGUUGUUUUUCGACCGUUCUCCGAACGACUGUUAUGAAUGAACACUGAGGAACAAAAUAAUACACACAGAAGUUAUUUUUUGAAAAAUUUAUUUGAAAACCCAAAUGUUUCUGUACUCAAAUGAAAUUCGCUUAUUCCAGCGUUAUGUGCCCGUUUAAACUCAACUAAAAUUUUUAAUCGAUGCGAUGAAAACUUCACAACAAAGCUGUCUCGAAUUUGAGCGUGUUUCCUAAAAUAUUUGCUUGAAUUUAGCAUCAGCUUGACCAAAAAGUCAAUAACACAAUGCUAAUUGAUAAUUUUCCUUUCCAAACAGACUUUCUCUUCUAUAAAAAACACACAAAAUGUACCUUAAAUCUUCGCUCGCUCGAUUUUCCUUCAGCAGAUUCUAGCCGCGAGGAAAACAGUGAUUCAUUCAUCCAGGGCAAAUUUGUCGCUUGAUCUUUUGUCUUUUUUCCUUCAAAACGACAGCUUAGUAUUUUCUUCAACUUCCACUUUUCAUCUGUGCAUUUCAUCGGUGUAUUUUACCGUCAGGAGAGGAGAUUUGUUGAAUUUGCCUAAAUUUUACCGCGCUAGCUCAGUUUCUUAGCGUGCACCCACGGGAAACUGGUAGUGGCUGACUGACCAAUCAGAGCGCGCGAUUUAGUUUUGUUAUGUUAUAAAGACGCAUGGUGAAUUGUCGCCUUUCUCUUAAAUUGUAUAAGCAAAACUGACGCGAUAGAUACAUCUGCAUUUUAUAUCCUCUUAUCUGUUUUUACAGAGUGACUGUGCGGGCCAACUGUCCCAUGGAUUUACGACUUUUUCCUUUUGAUAAGCAGCAGUGCAAUUUGAACAUCGAGAGCUGUAAGUUAUUUAAAAUAUGGAAUUUAUGAAGGCAUUACUCAAAGUUCGCGCGUCAGUGAUUAUCACUAGAAUUUGUGGCAAUUGGCUGAGUUUUUAUUUUUUAUUUGUCUCUACUUUUCAGAUGGCUAUAACGCUGAAAAUAUGCAGUAUAGAUGGGAAAAUCGAACCGACAAAGGCGUGGCGGUAAAUGAAAAACUGGAUGAUAUGCCACAAUACAACUUAACAGGCGCAACAACAACUAGUUAUUUUACAGGUUAUUAUUCAGGUGGGUGCAUCGCAGACAAAAGUCCUUUAGGAAAUAUGUGUCUAGAUCUUGUUUGACAGAUUUAAGUGCCUUUGGUUAUGGACUUCCUUUCAACAUAAAAAUAAUUUAUAAUUCGUAUUUAAAGCAAACUCUUUUAUGGAUUACAAUUCGUUCGUAAUUAUCAAUUAUUGGAUGAGGCUUAGUAUGAUACGAAGAAUUAUGUAGCUCGACGAGGCAGUUAUCCACCUUAGUCCCUAUUUGGUUUUUGCUGUUCUUGCUAUGGUUCUCAGCAGUUCGGCUAUUUCUUCUUCGCCAAACGUGUGAAAGUUUCUGUCAUUUUCUAACUGAAGCAACCGAGCCAACGACGGCGAUUACCGUUCUUUUACUGGUUGUAGCCUGUGCUGUUGAUGAAAUUUUACUGGAUGUUUCAAACUUCUUCCAAAUUUGGUCAACGCUAGCUGAUGUUGAAGAAUUACCCAGGGGAUUUAAGCCAAUCAGAAACCGAGAAAUAUUUUGAAUGGAUAAUAUAAUUCUUAGUAAACUGUGUCUUCAUUGUCUUAAAAUUAAAUAAACUGCUAGUUUUCAGCCUCUUCUCUUUCUUUUUAGGAAACUGGUCGCGUCUCUCCUCGUCAUUUAACUUCACAAGAAGAGCUGGCUAUUUUCUUAUUCAUAUUUAUGCACCGUGUGCAUUAAUUGUGAUAUUAUCGUGGAUAUCGUUUUGCAUUCCCCCUGAUGCUACUGCAGCCCGGAUAGCUCUCGGGAUAACUUCAGUUUUGACGAUAACCACUAUAUUAAAUAUGUUGAAUACAACGAUGCCAAAGGUAUGGACUGGUAAUAAAUUCACAUAUUCUCUAUCAGGAACAGGGUCACAACAGAUAGUUGCUAUCUUAUAUUAUGUUAUAUCGUCAUGCCUAAUAUCUUCUCUAGUCUUGCCUUGACUUAUGUUAUCGGGCUUAUUUUAUCUUAUCUUAUCAUACCUUGCGUACUGGUUUGGACCUGCAAAUGUAAGCUAUUUCCAGAUUUACUCAGUUCCUUACCUCUAUAUUUGGCUUCAAAACUGAAUUGGAACUGCUAGAAAUGUGAAAUGUAUGUGAAUUCAAAAAAUCUUUUACUCAAAUCAUUUCUUUCGUUUCAUUUCAGGUAUCGUACGUCAAGGCAAUAGACUGGUAUCUAAUUGGUAGCUUUCUGUUUGUUUUCUGCGUACUAGUGGAGUACACUUUUGUUCUCUAUGUUGUCAAUGUUCAUAAUAAACGGUUAAAAAAGAUUAUGGAUCUCCGACAGAUAGAAGAAGCGGUAAGUAACGAAACAAAUGAAACUUUAUGCAGAGAACAUUUCUUGUUGUGCACAGAUUGAAGUGCUCAUCUGUAUUUUGAAUAUGUCUUAAAAAUAGGAAGAAGAGUCAUUAAAAAACAACUCGCGGAAAUCAGCUAUGAAUGGUAGUAUACCCCACAAGGGUAAUCCAGAUUACGAUCACUACGAUCCACUGGAGGUACUGUACAUGUAUAUGAAAGUUAUUGUAAUUAUAAAUAGUCUUCACGGCUCAUAAGGUCAAUCCAAAUGGGUUUUUACGGGAACGUUAAUUGCCUUGAAUUCAGUGUAUUGCAGCACUCAAGUGCUACCAGGCUCUGGGCGGAGCCUGGGCAAGUUAAUUACUUGGUAAUUUUAAUUAAAAUUUCGUUCCACUACUGGAGAAAUCCAACUGAAAUGAUCGGUGCUGAUAACUUAGUACAAAAGUAUGUAAUACAAUAUCUUAGUUGAGGAAGAUGCUCAAAUUGUGAAAAUAAUGAUCUUUCUGCGGUGGGUAACUCCUACCGAUGCCACAGCAUCCCUGUCCCUAGCCCCCAACCAUGAAUUUCACAGCCGGGCUUGAUUGCAGAUUUUGAUUUGCAGAUUUUUGGGGUAGGGAAGUGAUUUUAGCACAUUUUACCUGAUUCUAGUUGAUUGCUCUCAGUCCAAGGACCAUUUCACUGACCACGACUAUUGCUUUCAAAUUUGCAACUAUUUCUUGUUUUGAAAUUGUCUCAUAGAAUUUAUGCAUUAAUACAUGUUUCUGAUAAUCCACUAGAGUUACAGUGCAUUCGCUGACAAGUCAAAGAAAGCGACUACUCAUCUCUGUGAGCGAUCAAGGGCUAAACGACACCGUUCAUCCAGUGACAUCGAACACAGGCCACUCACCUAUCCCAGAACUCCACAGUGCAGUGUAAAGAGGACCUGUCUUCAUUUCAUUGACCCUGAUUGUGUUGAUGAUUACGCCAGAGUUCUCUUUCCGAUUUGUUUUGCGCUGUUUAACAUCAUAUAUUGGUUACGUUUUAAGUUUCUGUGA